GCAACUCCAGCCCAGCAUGCAAAUUGGGCCUCUAUUUUUUUUAUUUGCAUGCUGGCCUGCAAAAAAUAGAGACCCAAAAUCAAAUACAACUCCAGACCAACACCCAAAAUCCUUUGCGUACCUGUGCUUGUUCUCGGUCGACGGCACCCUGCGGCCGGCACUCCUCUCCGCUGCCAGCCCGCGGCCGCGGCUGGCGUUCCUCUCCUCCGGCGUGCGCUCCUCUCCUGCCAGCGCUCCUCUCCUGCAGUUGCGGCCGGCGCUCCUCUCCUGCCGCCGCGGCCGGCGCUCCGGCGCUCCUCUCCUGCAGCCGCGGCCGGCGCUCCUCUCCUGCGCAUCUGGCCGCAAGGGCAUCCGCGCGGCAGCGAGGGAUUUCCGGCAGCAGCAAAGAUGUCUAGGUCUGGAAAAAGACUUUGUCGAUGGUGGGACGAGGAGGAUGAAUCUGAUGAUGACGACCUCUUCAUCAUUGCUGGUCUUCUUAAGGGCUCUAGGAGGAACAAGCACAAGAAAAAGUUCCGUGGAUCUUUGUCGGGCCGCCGCAAAGUGCUACGGGACAUUUCGGGAGGUCUUUACAUGAGCGACUUCGUGAUGAUCUUGUAGAGCACUUGUGGGCAAUUCAUAGUUCUAGGUAGUUAGUGAUUUACUAUGCAUGUAAUCCCUAGUUCAGAUGUGUAAAUGUCGCUUCUGUAAUAUUAAUUUAACUAUGCCAGCUUCUGUAAAUGUCGCUGCUAUAGUUGGAUGUAUUUGUUUUCUGUAGGAUGUAAAAUGGAUAUUGUAUUUCAGCAGCAAUUGUAAUGGGCUCUUGUUGAAAUUUCAGCAGCAAUUAUUUCUAUCAGAAUUCAGUGCCAAUUGUAAUCUA